AUGUUCUUCCUCGCAAGAAGAUGCAAUCAGCACAUCAUCCGAAUAUGGAAGCACGAAGUCUAUGCCAUAAAAAACUUCAUUGAUGAACCUCUGAAAGGUCGCAGGGGCAUUUUUGAGACCAAAACUCAUGACAUUGAAUUGAUCCUGGAGCAGGAGAAGCAUGCUCUGAGAAGGAAACUGGACUCCCUGGUGGGCGACUAUGACAGUCGGAUUGCAGAACUGCAGAGCGACAUCGAGGAAUUGCGGAAAGAGCUUGAAGAGCAGAACGCCUUGCAGAGGAACACCGAAAAAGAAAAAGCGCAGUUACUGCAAGAGCUUACGGAACAAAAUCAUAGGCUGACUGCCCAGCUGAAACAAGCUGCUCGAGCGGAAGAACAACUUCAAGCUCAACUGCAGACACUCAGGGAACAGUUCAACGUUCGAAGAUCUAACCUCCACGACCAUGUAUCUCAACUGGAAGGACUGCGAGAAGAGAUUAACUUGCUCGAAGGACGAAAAGCAGAUCUUGGCCAAAGAAUACACGCACUCACGGACGAAAGAGAGAACUUAAAUUUAUCCUUAGAAGAAUCCGGUGAUAGAAUUAUUUUUCUUCAAAGGCAAAACAAAGAGCAAGAGCAGAAGAUUCGAAGUCAGCAACAGGAUCUAGAUGAUCUAAGGCAAACCAACGUCCAACUUCAAGCGAAGUUAGAUCUGCUGUUGAGAAGGAGUCCAAAUGGUAAUUCCUCGCUCUUAGACGAGAUAGAGAUGUCGGCACCUUCUUCCAUGGAAGACGAUGCGGCGCGGCAGAAUCGCUUGCCGGAUGAUGACAUAGAAUGUGAUGAUCUAGUCUUACCGUUUGCUGGGUUGUUCCCUGAAGGCGAUGAAAACAUGAAGCAUUUGGCUCAGGAAGUAAUCGACAUUUACCACCAGCUGAGGCGGCUGUGUCUGGAACUUCGUCGUCGGAGGGACAAUGUGUCUGUUGACAGCGGCAUCUCCUCCACUACCCCCGAAGAAAUCCAGGCCAACCAAGUUCGAGUUGGUAUGUUCAACAACCUCCUGCAAGAAUUCAAGAGCCUUAUUGAAGACCUCUUGUCUCAGGGCCCAGAUAUGCCAUGCCUCGCUUGCCAAUCGGUCGCCGAAGAAACGGCUAAUCUGGAAAGACUUCAGAAAGAGCUGCAAGAAAAAACUGAAACUCUGAAAGAGAAGAAUGAAGAAAUAUCAAAAUUAAGCACAAAGUUAACUGUUCAAGAAACAGAGCUCGCCGCUCUGAGAGAAGAACGCGACCAUCUGCGAAUAGACGUCGAUAGCAGCGACUGGGCCAAAGACGAGAUCGUGAAGAAGGCAUGGACAAUGCGAGAUCAAGCUGUUGCCAGGAAAAACAUCGUCGAGAUAGAACUCGCUAAAACUCGUAUUGAAUUGAUGCAUAUCAAUAGUCAACUAAUGGAAGCAGUACAACAGAAAGUUGAGUUGUCCCAACAACUCGAUCAGUGGCAGCUCGAUAUGCAAGCUCUUCUGGACGAACAGAUGAAGAAGAAGCUCAAGAACUAUGAACAGCAAGAAGAAAGACGUCCGAGCCGACAAGGACAAUUACUAAAACGUCCUGUAAACUCCAAAGGAAAACUUUUCAAACUUUUCAGAUGAUGGAAUUCCAUUAAGUUUACUAUAAUUUCUUUGUUUGCAUUUCAUCAUAUCACUGGCUUAGGUUACUGUGUUGUUAUAAUUACCAGAACAAAAACUAGCUUUCAUUACUAGUACUUUUAAGUUAUCUUCAGUGUACCGUGAUUGUCUUGUGAAUGAAAUCAAAUUUUUAAGUUAUAAGCAGACGAAUCUCGUACAGCUUUACGAAAAACGUGGUGUAUUAGAACUCCACUUAUCCGGAUUCUAAAUAUCUUGUAAUUUAAUUGCGCAUCACUUGCCCUUCUUUCCAGGCCAAAUAAAUUAAGCUGGUUGUUUAUUUAUAUGUAUGUUUUUUAAUUUUUUUCCCGUGCUUGAAGUAACAGAAAAAGCUAAUACUGUAAAAAUCUCUCUAACUGGCAUUCGCUUAACCGGCAAUACCAAAAUAAAGGUUUUUCUGAAAGUCUAGAUUUAAAUCUAGAAUUUAGACUAUGAUUUAGAAAAGUAUGUAAUAAGCUAACAGUCUGCAGACUUAUCAAGUUUUAUCAAGCUAACAGUCUGCAGACUUAUCAAGCUUUAUCCAACUAAUGAAUCAAGGAAUUAUCUGGAAAAUGAAGACGAAUUACUGAUGCCUUUUCAUGCGUCCAUGUGUGAACUUUGAAAAUAGGAUCCACGAUUUUUAGAAGCAUUUUACAAUGAAGGCCGCCAUAUUUGUCUGUUUCCUGGAAAGAUAUAGAGAACAUUACCUAAUAAAAUGUUUAUCAGUGUCCAUAUAUGAUAUUAUAAAGCUUCAUUGUAUACACAGCCAAUUUUUAAAACUAUAGCCACAAUCUUAAAAGCCAGCAGACAUUCGAAGUUGCAUCUAAUCAUACUAAAUUCAUUAAUUUUCAUGUUAUAGUAGAUACGUUAAUUUAAAAAUAUUAUUUAAUUUUGUUUUUCUGGAAUAUAAACUCAAGUUAUGUAUUUUAAUUUUAUAUACUCUGUACGAUUUUCGAUAUUAUUUAUUUAACACCGGCCGAUAAUAAAAAAAGAUACGACGAAUAGACAUCACUUGCUGCAAUUUAUGCAAAUGGCAUCACAAAAUAUGAGUAUGUAAGCUCUAGAAAUAUGUAUUCAAUUAUACGGAAAAAUGUCUUAUCCGGAAUCGGCACAAUCCCUUUGCUACCGGUUGAAAGGUUUCCUGCUGUAUAUACAACAGAUAAUUUUUAAGAGUUUGGAAGAUUUUAUUUACUUCUCUUUUUGUUAUUGCUUUCUUUUCAACAAUUUACGUGCACUGCGCAUUAUCACUAAUGGAUAAGACCUAAGAUAAUUAAUUCAUUUAUUCUUCCUAUUUUAAAAAUGGAUUGCUUAUCAGCAUAAAGUGAAUCACUUAGAAAUGAAUUUUAUCUAUGGUUUUAAUAAUAUUUUACAAUUAAUAUUAUUUCAUAAGUUAUUAUUGUAUUAAAAUGAAGGGAAAAAAUUAGCGAUGUGAAACCUUCACUCCGAGUUGGUAGUGGCUUGCGAUUAAUCUGGAUAUUUGGAGUUCAGUUGUACACGUUUUUCUAAAUAAAGACUAUCCUUUCGAAAAUGGGACCAAUAUUUUUAUAGUAAUUAGACAAUCUGUGUUAAUUUGUGCUGUAUAUAGAUGCUGUUUAAUAGUCAUGCCUUAUAUAUAUAUACAUAAAUAUACAUACUUAAUUAAAUACUAUAUUUGUUGAAUGUUGCAUGUUCUGAGACUCCUUAAAUAAAGUCAAUUUUGUUAAGUCUUCAGCGACGUUAACAAGGUGUAUGCAUUCCUCCGGUGCUUUAAAAAGAAAUGUUUUUAAUUGUGAUUUUAUUGAUGGAAUUUAAGAAUAAAAAUUCAAUAAAUAAAUGAAUAUACAAUGAAUGAGUACACAAUGUUGAAAUCAUAAUAUCAGAUAUACCAGAUUUUGAAGUUUCUGAAUUUAUUUCUGUGUGAUGGUAAAGCAUUCACGUCAUAUCAUCUUUGAAUGAUUCAUACCAUGAAAAUCGCAUUUGAACUUGUAAUAUUUGCCAUCUUUCACUCUUCUUUCAGCAAAAAUUGUAGUUCAUGUUUCAAAACAGACGAUAUUUCGUAUUCUAAAAUAAAUUUGUACUGCAGAUUCAAUAGACUGAAUUUAUAACAAUCGUUUAUUGAAACAAAUCCAAAUAUAUAAUAAAAAUCUAUAAUGUGUAAAGAAAUUUUCAAUUUAACUUUAAAAAUAUUUUUAUUGUAUUGAAAAACAUUAAAAAAGUUAUUUAAAUUAUUUAGUUUUCAAAAUUUUAGCUAACUUCUUAAAUUUAAUUAAUUUUUUAGUAUUAAGCGAAACAGUAAUAUAUUACUGUUCAUUUUUUAUUGCAAAUAGGUGUUCAGAGAUUUCUGAUAAAUUUUUUAAAAGGUAUAUCACAAGAAAAAUCCAAGUUAAUCAAACUUUUAAUUUGGUUAUUCGGUAAAUAAUCCAUAAAGUUAGAGCUAAUAGAUUUAGGAAUAUGCAAUAAUGUAAUAGAAUAAGAGUUCCAUUUUUUUCAAAACAAACUACACAGAUUUUUCUUUCAUAACACUUAUAUUUUUUAUCUAACUAGGUGGCAACACUAAGGGGAAAUUUAUUUUUGAUUUAAUGGGAAAGUGCUUAACAAAGGUUCCCUUUUUAACAUUUAAAAUAUAUUAGAACAUUUCAUUAAAAAUGAAAUUUUACAUUUAAAAAAUUUUUUAAUUUAAAUAUUUUAGUAUAUUUUAGAGCAAGAGCCAUCAGUUUUUCUAAUGUUAAAUUAAUUUAAUAAAAUCUGAUAUUUUAAUUUUCAGUGGAUUUAAAACUCUUAUUCCUUUUAUGAUUAUUCAUAUCUGUUUAUUUAUGAUCUGCAAGUAUUUGCAAUAGUUUAAUUUUUUUUUCUUUAAAGGUCAAGUUUUAUUGAUAACUAUUGUUAAGAAUAUUUGUAUUUAGAAUAAUACAACAAAUCAUUCAGGAAAAAAUGGGCUUAACUUGAAGAAUAUUAUUUUUCCAUAAAAGAGGUAUAUUACUAUCAGUUUAAGGAAUUUUUGAAAAAAAAAUUGAUGUUAAUUUUUUUAACAGUUAAAUAACAGUUAAUGAGCCAUUCAUUCAUUUUGCUUCCUAUCAUUGUUAUUAACCAGAUAUUAACAAAGUUUCCAGCAUAAAGAAAUGAAUCCAAUGUACCAAAUCAAGUAUGCAUUCCAAUCAAAAAUGUUUUUCAUUUAAUCUUUCAUGUACUUUAAAGUUUUUCAAUGCAAAUAAAAUGUUUUGUUGUUUAAGCUGUUAUUUACAAUAGUAAGGAACUCUUUUUAAACAUGAUUGGCAACAAUUAUAAAGUUAGAACAAUAUUUAUUACUGAUAUAUGAGGUUAAAUCAUAAUUAAAAGUUACCUCAAAAAUAGCUGCUAUCUGUUUAAGGUUUACAAUUUCUAAAAGCCUAUAAUAAUGUUGUAACAAGUGGAUGUUGUAGUAUUACAAAAGAAUUUUUAGCAUUGUUUUGUUAUUGCAAAUUUAUUGUAAAAUUUAAUGUAAAUGUUUACAUUUCCGAAAAUAAUGUUUCCCAGCGGUUUUGGAGCAUUGUAUAAAAAUUGAUAAUAAUAAAAUGUUCAUAAGUUAUUUAAA